AUGCCCGAACAGGCGCCCCCCACGCGACCUCGUCCUCGUCGGCCAAAGCCAGUCCUCAGGGUCAAGACGGGCUGUUUAACUUGUCGAAACCGCAAGAAAAAGUGCGACGAAGCACGGCCAGUCUGUGCGGGAUGUCUUCGCAAUAAGAUAGACUGUCGAUGGCCAGAUUCUUCCUAUCAUUCUCCGCCAAGUGCAGAUCACGGCAAUGGGAGGAAGGCACUUGACUUGAGACCCUCGGCUCCGAGCCCAGAGAGAGAUAGCCGGCGACAGCUCGACAUUUUGCCCAACUCGGCAGACUUGGAUCUUGACAUGGGAAUUGGAGAGCAGUUAGAGGAGUCUAUCACGGUUGCCAUCGAUCAAUCAAGAAGCAGCUCGGAAACUUCGCCGACGGGGUCUUCUCCUGUCACCACCAUAGAGGCACCCACCGUAUCGGAUCAACUCGACCAAGUGGCCUCGCUACCUUUGGCUCCAUCCAUCAUGCCAGGAUUAGACGCGCAGUCAUUCGAGCUCAUGAGCCAUUACCUAGCUCGCACAGCCAUAAGCAUGGGAAAUGGUUCGACGACAGCAAACCCAUUCAUCGUGCAGCUCAUACCACUCUCCUUUGCCAACCCCGUCGUCCUCGAGCUUAUGCUAUCCCAGAGCGCGUCUCAUCGCGCUGUCCUAGGCGGAGAGGACUGGGCAGAGACAGUAGCCCAGACAUACUACACCAAAUCUAUUCGUCGCUUUCGCAGCGCAGUCACGGAUUACCUGGCUGGCACCGAGGCGAGUCCACUAUGGGUAACAAUUGGUGCACUCAUUAUGUGCUUCACUGAGACAGCGAAAGGAGACACCAAUGGCGUCAUCUUUGACCACCUUCAAGCAGUCGGUCCUCUCGUCAAGGACUUGGUCUUGAGACAUCGGCAUCUGCUUCCAGAAGGGUUACAUGCCUUUGUCAUAGAGUACUAUGUCUAUACAGCAAUCAUCAGCAUGAUAUCCAUGGAUCCGUCAGCGAGCACGGGACAUCUCCUCGCCCCCGAGCUGGAGUAUGAAGCACACUUUCUAGUCGAGAGUGGCUACGUUGGACAGCUCUGCGGCUCUUGGCUAUCGUUACUCCUCCUUAUCCCUCGCAUCUUUGACUUUGGUCGUCGGAGGGUUGCAGCGGAUGUUCAACCAUCGUUCCCGACAGCAGACGACUUUCUCAAUUUUUCCAGCCUACACGCAGAGAUCACUUCUUUUACACCAUCACCACUGGUAGAUUCUGAAGUCGCCACUUGCAGCUACAUCUUCCAACAGGCAGUACAUUUAUACCUUCUCACAGCCUUUGGGGUUGGCGAUUCAGGGCAGGUCACUCAACAGCUGAGCCUAGAAAACGCGUUAGUGGCCGCGUUUCUUUACCUGGAGCAGCUUCCAGCAUCAGCGCGCAUCAAUACCAGCAUGUGCUGGGCCUUGGCCGUCAUUGGGUCUUGCACAGCCGAUGAUGAGCGACGAGAUGUACUUCGACAGCGUCUAAAUACGAUGUUUGUCACUAUCGGUCUGGGAAACAUCUCCUCAACACUGUCACUGCUGGAACACAUCUGGGCACGACCACGAGAGGAACAGAGUCCAUGGAUUAUCUGCAGGAUUAUGUACGAGCACGACAUGUGGAUCUCAUUUGCCUGA